AAAAAAUCAACAAUAUUCAGGAUUUCAUGCAAAAUUACGGUGCCCACACGACUUCUACAACAAAGGGAUGGCCUUCUUUCAUGCUUUUUUUUUUCUGAAUUUUUUUUGCCCCCAUCCCUCUUCUCUUUUCCUCAAAAGUUGAUCUUACUACCCAAACAAGAAAAAAAAAAAAAAAAAAACCAACCCCCAGCCUCAAAACUAUCUCCUUUUUAAUUUUCAGCAUUUACCAGAGAUAGGAGAAAUUGAGGGGGGAAACAUUAGCAAGGGAAUUGUAUUGAAGAAAAAGAUAUCCUCAUUCCUGGAAAACUUGUCAUCAUCAAUGACGCUUUCACUAACACGUCCAAAUCGGAGUAGCAAGCAGAAUUUUAUGAGGAAAUUAUGCCCAAAUUUCGACAGGGAAGAUGGGCUGGAGACUGUUCUUGAGGUCCCCAUCCCGGAAGAAAUGUUCGUGAGCAUGGGCGCUAAUAUUGCAUUGAGGUGGGAAAAUAUGGCUACUUGGAUGAAGGCACAAACUUCCGAUAAAUGGUCUUCUCCCAUUAUUGCUGGGCGUUAUAAUGAACUGAGCUUUCUUCUUUUCAUAAUUGGAUCUCCCCUAAUACCACUCCCGGUCGAUUUGGACCAUUCUGUUCAUCGUCCUGUUAAGCACGCCUCCAUUGAAGCGUCAACGGCGAAAUAUAUUGUACAGCAAUACAUAGCGGCGACGGGAGGACAACCGGCAUUGAACACCGUACACAGCAUGUGCGCAAUCGGACAAGUCAAGAUUAGCUCAUCGGAGUUUCAUCAAGGCGAUGAAACGGUCAGAGUGAAAAGUACAGAAGAAGCCGGAGGAUUCGUGCUGUGGCAGAAAAACCCGGAUCUCUGGUGCCUCGAAUUACUCAUUUCCGGUUGUAAAGUCAUCUCCGGGAGCAACGGCAAAAUCGCAUGGCGCCAAUCCUCCAAUCAACAAAGACCCAUCGCUACAAGUUCCCCCAGACCUUUACGCCGGUUUCUACAGGGAUUGGAUCCUCGUUCAGCGGCGAGCUUGUUCAUAGAUGCGGUAUGCAUUGGGGAGAAGAUCAUAAACGAUGAGGAUUGCUUCAUUUUAAAGCUGGACACGAAUCAAGCAACUCUUGAGGCACAAAGUGACCCCAGAUAUGAAAUCAUUCAUCAUACAUUAUGGGGAUAUUUCAGCCAAAGAUCUGGGUUGCUCGUGAAAUUUGAGGAUUCAAGGUUGCUGACGGUGAAAACGAGUCGGGAUGAUGGUGAAGGAGUUUUCUGGGAAACCAGCGCUGAGUCGGUGAUUGAGGAUUAUAAGUACGUCGAAGGUGUUAAUAUAGCUCAUAGCGGGAAGACGACGAUGACGGUGUUUAGAUAUGGGGAACAAUCAGCAAACCAUAAGAGGGAGCUUCAAGAAACUUGGAAGAUUGAGGAAGUUGAUUUUAAUGUCUGGGGUUUGAAUUCUGAGUUUUUCAUGCCUCCUUCCGAACCUUUUAGGAGAAAGAAAUUUUGUCAGCAAGCUGACACUGAGUUCUGACGAUUCAUUGUUUUUUUGUUCUUUUUUUUUUAAUUUAUCUUUUCUCCAUCUUCUGAUUAUUUGGAUAGCCAUAAAGUUAGAGAAAACAUGUAUAUACAAGUGGAACUAGAGCUCCCUUUUAAGAUUUUUUUUUUUUUUCCUGGUAAAAUUUCACAAGAGAAUUUUUUUUCUUUUUCUAGAAAAUAGAGUUAUUACAAUCCAAAAGAAAUUUAAAUUCAUGUACUACUCUUUUGAAUCCAAAAGAACAAUCAAUUUGUAGCAGCUUCUCUUGAACUUUUUGUACACUUCUACAAUCAAGCAGUUAACCUUCA